UUUUGCGGAUGUUUUUUUUUCGAUCACUUUAAAACUUUAAUGUGCUUCAUUCUGCAUAUGUCGAUAGUCCCGUUUGCCAGAGCCCAGUUGUUUUAUAUAGUGAGAAACGCAUUGUUGCGUCUAUCCUCAGCUGUUAUUGCGCAACUGUGUGACACAUUUUAUUCUAGAGCUAGGGGACAGCAAGCAAGACAAAAGAAAAUUCGGUUCAAGUUGAAGUAAACAAGACAUUAUUGUAUCGCGGCGGAGGUUGUACAGUAUAGAUUUUUCCGGGUGGGGUCGUUGAACAGUUGAGGAAUGCCACAAGAUGACCGUAGGGGUUUUUUUCAUUUUUUAUUUCACGCCUAAGGGCUAUUUCCUAGUCUGUCCCGGCUAGGAGCUUCCAACUUUCACUAACGAGUGGCGCCACUUCUCAGACAGCAAGUCUCGCUUAGGUAGAAACAUUAUGGCGGAACAUGUUAUGUACUUGAGAGCCUAGCUUCGAUGGCUGUGUUUAGAAAAACUUAUAAUUUCGCACUAAAGACCUUGUCUGACUUGUUUAAUUGAAGGGUGGAAAACACGGUGAAAAGAGCAUGGCAAAAUUUGAUAGCCCAACACCAAAAUGCAACCAAACAUAUUUGGAUAAUUACUAUCGAUAAAGACAGACUUCCCAUCGAUUCGUGUUGAGUGCCGUGCUAAGUGUUUAUUGAAAGUGUUUUUCUCAUCUUAACGACUAUUUUUCUUUGAAAUUUAUUCUCAUAAGGGGUCCAGUCCGAUAUUGGAUUCGGACAGUGACUUCGAUAGGUGAAAUGCUUCUGUCAAACUCAUUUCUUGGUUAUGACCAAGGAAGGACUGUGUAAAUCCGAUUGAGUUGCUUUUUACAUACAUCCACCCAUGGUGGAAAUUGACAGAAUAAAAAUGACUUCUAAUAGCAGUGCAGCAGUGAAACAAGAGAAGCGAGAUGAUCAGGAAGAGAUUGAUCUACUUGCAGCAAAGAUGGUUGAGGCCAAUCGAGUCAAGAUGGCAAACUUGUCAUCAGCUGCAACAGCUGUUGGACAAGUUGGAACAAGCAGCAACCCAUUACAAGGUGGAGUACCAGCAGCAUCUCGGAUGAUGCCAGGAACUCUACUAGGUUACUUUUCCAGAAAUUCCGCUGGUGUUGGUGCCAAAGAAGUUAUUGACGCCAUGAACAAGGAAAAGCUGAACAAUGCUGCUGCUGUUUCAAUAGAUUUAGAGAGUGCCAAAGGAAGAUUCGGCUGGACAAACUCAUCAGUGCACAUUCCCUAUAUUUACCGAAGGGACGAUAAAAAAUUAUGUUCCGUGCGUGUUUUGGAGCAGUGUAUUGCAAAAAUGUUUACCAAUGUGUUGCGACCAGAACUGUCCGGCUGCGUAUCCAUCCAGAGCUAUUACGUGAGUGAAAUCGAAGCAAGAUUACUGAACGAAAUCAACGUGAAGCACUGUGACUGUCAAUAUGGUAGAGAACUGUUUACCGUGCGUGACCUGAUCAUCAAUUUGGAUGAUGCAUUAGAACUCAUCCAGUUCUUGCAGACUUGUAGAGACAAAUUGGUGCGAAAGUCAUGUGACCCUCAAGACCGAUGCGGAUUUUUCCGUAUUGGUGGAGAAUCCGUUGUACCAUACACAGUGAUCAGUGGCAUCAAGUACGUUCCUCUCUUCUACUUUGAAGGAGAAACGGGCAAUUUGGACAGACGAGCCAUUCAAAUUACUGGGUGGGAUUUGGCCUAUCUAAAGUUGUGUUGUAAAGUUCAAGGAAUCCGGAACGAACUCUUCUCGAACGAUUCUUACUCAGCUGUGAGCGUUGAAGAUAUCAAGCAGCAAUUUCCUGCUCAAACAGACUUGCAGCUUUAUUGGCCCAGCCGUUCUUCGCUCGAUGUACCAAGCAACGGAGCUUCGGGAUCCAGCAACGUUGGCAUCAGCAUGUGGAUAAACAAACCUAGUGGUAGCCCCCCACCCUUACCUGUCAAUAGUAAUACGGCAGCCGUGACGAUGCAAACAAGUUCAGUCAUACAAAAGAAUCCUGCAGCGUCAGCGGGCUCUGCUGCCACAAGACUGCCUUCAACAUCGUCGGCCUCUGCUUUACUUCAUCAAGCGUCGAGUGUUGUCCCUCCAUCCCGGUCGGCUGUUCCAAUUCCUCCCACCUGUACCAAUUCCGCCUUGUACAAUGGUUGGAGUUCCAUGAACUCCUACGCCUCUGUUCAUCAGCAACAACAGAAUGCUUCGAAUAGCACUCCAACUUCUUCAGCAGCAGCAGCUUCUGCCCAUCUGGCCACGGUGUUGCAGUCGCAAUCCGCGGCGGCAGCGAGAGCACACGCUGUAACGGCUAUGCUAAUGCCAAAUAUGCCGGUUCACCAUUCUAGUAUGGGAGCAUUUAACAUGAUGCAAUAUGCCCAGGCUGUUGCAGGCAUGAUGCAGCAGCAACAAUCGCAACAGCAAGCUCAGUCGCACCGGAAUCAACCUGCACCUCCGCCUCCUCCGCCGCCACCAUCCCAGGCCCAUUCUUCAGGGGGAUCUUCUUUAGAUAGCCUACUGCGAGCUAACGGCCUUCACACUGACCACCACAGGCUUCCCCAUGGAUCGUCAUCGACAACGGUGAUGAACCGCUCUGCCUAUUCUAGCAGCCAAUCACCACUGACCGGAGUGGUACCAGGCAGCAGCCCCCACUCCAGAAGUAGCACAGGAGCUUCACCUCGGCCCGGUUUACCUGUUCCAAGUUCGAACUUGGUUCACUCAUCGUUAACUUCAUCUUCCUCCUCUUCGUCGACACCGAAACCACCACCUCCUCCGCUCAUCCCUGUCAACGGAAGCCAUCCUCUUUUUUCGUCUAUGCCAAAUAAUAGUAGCAUGGCUUCUCAAGGUUCCAGUCGACUUCAUCAAUCGUCAUCCGAAACAAACCAACAUGGAAUGUCGCGCUCCUACCACCAGCCUCAGGCGCAGUACGACGUUGCGCAACGACACCACUCUCAGUUGCAACACCAGCCGCUUCUUCAACAGCAACAACAAUCUCCACAACCUCCUCCGUUUAAGCUACAGCUGUACCAGAUAGAAAAUCAAACAGUGCCGUGUGUCAAUAGUCGGCAAUACGUCUACAACAAUUUGAUGAUUGCCCUACCAGACAUGGCCGCUUAUUUAUUUCCUCAUCUGGGACACCAAACGUGUAAGCAAGUACUACAGGACGGUCUAGGAGUUACGCUUUAUGAGGCCAAUCCUCAGCAGUUGCAGGUUUUGAAGUCAGCGGGAAAGGUCAGCAGCGUGAGUAGUCUUGGCGGUGAGAAAAUAUCGUUGGUCAAUGUGCGGGAUGUCGUCCAGUACAUGCCCCAGAUCCGUUACAUGAUGUCCAGGUUGGACGGAGGAGCCGAGCUAAGCCACGCCCAUUCUUCGAAACGGCAACGAGUCAGCUGAUUGGCACCAACUCUUGAAUACGAGUAAAGCCGGUGUUAAUAAAAACCAAGUCGGACGAACAGGUCAAUCAAGAAACAGAACAAGACAAGCCUGCUAGCCGACUAAACCCCUUAAAAAAGAAAAAAAAAAGAAAACAGACAACUCCCCUUCCUGGAAAAGGAAGAGCCUUCUUUUCUCUCGUCUUACUGGUUCUGCAUGUUUGUUUCUUCGCGCGCCAAUCUGUUUUUUGCCCUACCUUCCCUUCCCUCAAUUGAAAACAAACACUUUAUUAUUCUUGAAUGUGGUUUCAGCUGCUGUUGUUUUCCAUGAGUGAUUGGAGAGAGACAAAGAGAGAAAGAGACCUUUGGAUUUUGUUGUUGUGCUAUCACACGUUGCACUUUGCGACAAAAGGGCCGCGGAAAAAAAAGGAUUUGCGUUCCCCGAUGGAAGAAACGAGGUCCCCGUAACCAUUUGUACACACACACUACGCAAUCCCUUGUCGUGCAUACCAUUCUGGAGAAAUGGGAGAAUUAAUUUUCCUUUUCUUUGGCUAGAGGUAAAAAAGAAAUAUCGUUGUACAGUUUUGUGUGACUUUCAGUGCAAAGUGCGGGCCAUUUUGUUUGUAAAAGUUAUCUUUGCCUGAAAGCACACAACUUUCCGCUGCCUAUACCCGCGUUUUUCCCCUUCCACAUGUUUUCCCCUCUGCACUUGGGCACUCUCCUCAAUCUCGACUUUUCUUCUCUCUUUGUUAUCUCUCGCCUUCACCCAAUAUCUUCUCUCCCCUUUUUUUUUAAAUGUAACGUGAAAGAUGAAAAGUUCGGCUGUUUAAAUUGUUGUACUGAUGAAUAAUGCCAUCGAUUUCCUUAUCUUUUAUGUUUUUAAGUUGCGAAAAACAUUGUCCCAUUUCCAUAUCGCCUCUGCUGAAAAGAGAACAUACACGCGCACAUGCGCGUGACUAUUCUGA